UCGACCUUGUCGAACCCCCAAAUCCCCAUACCUAGUCCUGCGAGCGCACACACCACUCUCAGAAUGCUCAACAACAUCCAAGCAGAUGCCGAGGUCAUUAUCUCCUCAGCUCUCAACGGCAUCGGCGGCAACCCCUACGUUGGUAUAUCCCUGAACCUGCCUACCAUCCUUCCAGUCAACUUGAUUCCAAGGAUUCCCGGUGUCCAGCCUCCAGUAGUAUGUAUCAUCGUCCCGCCCUCCGCGCAUGAUGAAUACUUGAUCAUCUCACAUUCCUACGUUGUGCAGUUCGUGAUCAAGCGGGUCGAAGGUGACAUAUACACACUUACCACCAAUGGGAUGCAAGUCAUAGAGCUGGAAGGGAGGGUAUUUGCCGCCGUGGAGCACGCCCCCCAAGAGUGGGUGAUUAAAUACAGAGAACUUCAAGAUGCAUACACGAUCACCAAGAGACUUCCCGUCCCCGAAGAAAUUGGAUGGAUCGCUCCGAUCGAUGGAGAAAACGCGCAGAUCCGUGUUGGACCUCUCAAUGACACUCCGACAGCCCCACCUGGCCAAUACCCCCUUGAGGAGUUAUAUAAGUUCCAAUUUCCUUCACUGUAAGCGAUGAAUCGGAGUGUCAAAGUGCCAUGAUGAGCACGUUUGUCGGUGUAAGAAAGUACAGAGUGUCGUGUAAAUGUUGAACCACUGUCGUCUAGGUCAAUGAUUCCGCAUGCCAAAUAAUAUGUGUCAGUGAGGUAUGACGCCAUUCCUGAC